GCUCUGGAAGAUACGAUCGCCCUGGCUCCUCACGAAACAUCAAAACUUUUAUUACUUAAAUACCCCUACCUCCUUACCGUAUUUACUACUUCCGUCCUAAACCCCACACCUCUAUAUAAAACCCCUUACCCCUGUUCAUUUCUUCUUUCCACAAACACCAAAAUUUCUUCUGAUUUUCAUUUCGAGCUUCAAACUUAGACGAAUCCAAGCUCCGGAAUCUGACGUCAUCUUGCCGGAAACCGCUGGGAAGAUGGUGGAGGCCCCCAGAGACAGAGGCGUCUCGUUUCCGAUCGUCUUCUCCGACGGCGAGACCGAGACCGAUAUCGGAAACGUCGUCGUUAACGACGCCCUAGAGUUCAAGCUGUUCCUGUCGCUCCUGAGCAACAAGAUCGGAAUCUCGCCGCACCAGUUCACGGUCUUCCUCUCCUCGCCGGACACCCGCCGGCGAAUCCCCAUCACCGGCAAGGUCAACUUCGGCGCGAUUUCUCGCGAGAAGAACUGCUUCUUUCUCGUGGAGCUAAAGCGGUCGAGACGCGAGAAGCGGCGUUCCAAGAAUAGCCAGAUUCAACACCACCACCACCAAGAUUUUCAAGAAAACGAGUACGACAACACGGCGUCGUUCGGAGCUCACAAUCCGGUCAACAAGAGCCUCAGUCUUGAGAACGUUAUGCUACUGAGGCGGGGUAUGGAGAUCGAAAACGUCACCGGUUUGGGUUUUCCGUUUGCGGGUCGGGUGGAGUACGAGAAUCGGAUCAGGGAGUUGCAGAUGGAGAAGGAGAGAUAUUUGAUGAACAUGGGCCUGGGAAGAUCGGAUGGGCUUGGGCUUGGGCUGGGCCGAGGAGGUGGCGUAGCGGUGGUGUGCGAGGAGUGUUCAAGAGCAAAAGCGAUGGGGAGAGAAGUCGGAUUCCACUGGUGCGCUUACGACGCUGUGACUUUCGGGUUCAGGUCUCCGGCGGGUCCGAUUUCCCGACCCGCCAAAGGGUAAAGCUCAUGAAAAUCGGGGCUUUAUGGGGUUUUUCCUUUUUUGAUUUGCUGGACUUGUUGAUAUUGUGAACAGAGAGAGAAGAUGGUGAUAGUGAUUGAUAGUAUGCGGUUUGGUAUACGAUAAGGAAGGUAUACCUUACUAUGACAUAAUUUAUGGGUAUAUAAGAGAAAACGAUGUCGUUUAGCUAGGAGCUGCCAUUGUCAAAGUUUGGAGGUGAAUUUUUAGGGCAUACGGGUCCUUUUUGUCUGAAGCCUGCAAUUGAAUUGGGGAACAUAUGCAGUGUGAGAAUUAAAUUAAGGGUAGUGGGAAUGUUUGUAGGGUUUUUGAAGAUUUCUUAAAAGGGUUGAUCUUUGAGUGUUUCCAAGCUGGAAUUGAAACUAAUGUGUAGUUGCUUGAGUGGGGAAAAAUAAAUUUCCUUUUUCAUGUUUUGGGGAAGAGAUGGAAUUUUGGGUGUGGUUUUGGUUU